AUGGCAGACGGCGAGGUACAGCUCUCCACCGGGCUCAAGGCGCUGGCGAAACAACACGAGGCCUACAAGGUCAAAGCCGCUGAAGAACAUGAACUGGUCGAGAAACUCCUCAAGCUCCUCGACGAGAAGGAACAGACGCUCGAGAACCUCAAAUCCGACCUUGACGACCAGACAGAAAGCCGUCGCCGCUGGCAGAAGCGUGCAAUCGACAUCGAAUCGCGCAUUACAAGUGUCCAGCAUGUUCUCGUCCUCCUCGACGGUAACCAGCACUUCUUCAAGCACGGCCUCAUAAGAGCAGGGACAUCGGGCGCACGCGAGGCUGUAGGGACACUGCUCGCGGACGUGAGAGACUUUGCGAGGAGCCAGCACAAAAACGACCUGCCCGAGAACAUUUCAGUGGUAGUGCACAUUUUCUCUGAUGUCGGAAGACUCGCUCAGGAUCUCUCUGCGGCGAAUCUCCUUCCUGAUCCAGAUCAGCUCUGGACUUUCAUCCAGGAUGUUUGCAAGAUCGAGCCAGGCAUAACAAUCAGUGACUGCGGUGCCGGCCACGAGGCUGUAGAUGCCAAAGUGAAGCACUUCUACGAGUUGUUCAUUGAGAACUGUCAUUGCAGACACAUUUUCCUCGCCCUCGGGCACGAGUCGGAGUACUACAACAUUCUUCAGUUGUACAGCGACGAUGACUAUACCAAGUCAAAGACGUCCCUGGUCCAGCCAGAACUGGGCUUUCCUUCUGGGGUCACCAUUCCCUUUCAUACAGUCAACCUUUCCCCUCUGAGUAGCGUUCCCAGCAGCGAGGGCUUCGGAGAAAGCGCCCAUAAAAUCAAUGGAGAAGUCUCGGUUCGUCAAUGGGAUGAUGGCCCCGAACACCAGGCUCUAGUCUCGAACGUUUCAGAGGCCAAGUCUGUGCCAAAUACCACUCCCCGCACAGCCUUUCACGAUCCCCAGAUUCGGCCCUCUGCUUCGAUCAUCGUAUCCAAUGGACCAACUGAACAGAAACUGCCGCCUCCUCCUUCACCGUCCCCUCCAACACAGCCCCAUCCUGCACAGUCAGUGGACACAACCCCGGCACGAGAGGAGCGGAACGGCGUUGCAAAUGAUAUCCAAGAAGCCAGCUUGGCCGGGGUUGUCAAACUCGAAUCUUCUGCUCAUUCGUCAUCAAAUUCGAACAAGACCGCCGAACAAAGCUGGGAAACAACUCCGAGCGGACACACAUAUGUUCCACUCCCGAUUCAGGGCGCCUGGGGGGACGAAGGAGCAGAAGAAGAUGGAGCUGCGGAUAAUCAAAAGUCUUUCAACCAGACAGGUACAUGGACUUCUCACCCCAUAAGAUCAUAUCACAAUAGCAACACCAAUGGCACACAGAAGCUGGGCUGGAGGCAAGAACGGGCGUCAAGUGGUGCUUAUACAGCUCCUACACGCCGCGGCGGCAGGCGAGUCCCCAAACAAUUCGAAGGAUCAUGGGACGACAUGGUUGAGCAAGAGCAACCUCCAUCCCAUCAGUCGAUUCAUGGAUCCUCGCCGACACUAGCCUCACCCGCGACCCCAACUGCAACACCUGCGACCGCGUCGAAGCCCAAGCCCAAGGUCAAUGGCUUUGUGCCGGCAGCCUUUGAGCGGCAAGUUGUAACAAUGGCAGAACCCAACCCGAACGAGCGCCCGAUUCGAUCUCCAAUUGCGUUGAACCAGUUCGACCAACGCCUUGAUCUAAAGCUGCCACGCCCCGCGCCAGCCGACGAGGAACAUUUCCAGUUGCGCUCGCGGAACCGCAGACUGUGUAACGAACAGCAUCUGCGUCAGAGCUGCAACAACCCUCAAUGCCCGUACGACCAUGAACCCAUCUCGGAUGGCGUGUACCUGGCACUUCGCCACAAGGCUCGAAACUUACCAUGCUCGGUCGGUCCCAAGUGUCGACGUCAUGACUGUUUCGGGAGCCAUCAUUGUCCGAAUGUGUCAAACUCCACGUCCUGUGGUAGACCGAACUGUCCGUAUCAGGCCAGGAUGCACGAUACCACCGAUCUCGUGAUCGUCGCCACCAUUGAGCCGCCUCCUAGAGAGGUUUCGUGA